AAUAAUUAAAAUUUUUAUAAAAUUUAGCUUCGUUUAAUACCCAACAUGACAUGGUUUUAAAUUUUUUUAAAUAUAAUAAAAGGGAACUGUCUGUCGGUAAGGGAACUGUCUGAUAAGUCAAAAUGGGGCACUACCUGUAAAGCAAUUUUUAUUACAAUUGCUUCUGGUUGCAUACAUGGAUUGGCAAAUAAAAUGACUUCAUAUUCUUAUUGUGAUGUUUGUCGCAUUAACCAUACACUUGGGAAAAGACACAAUUUUACAAAGAAACAUAAACUAGCACUUAAGAUAUUGAUAGAGAAAUUUGGUAAAAGAAUUACUGAAUGCUAUACUUAUUUUCAAAACCCAGUCAUUUUUGAAGCUAAAAGUGAAGAUGAAAGUUCAAUGACAGUGUGGUGUCAUUUUUGUAAAACAAGCUGCAUUAAACACGUGACAGAUAAAUAUAAAACAAUUUUGUAUGGUGGUAUUUUUGAGCACCUAUCAUCUGAGAAACAUUGGAAAUCUACAGACGAAUUUUGGAUUACUAAUAGUGUUGACCAAAAGGAAAAAUCAACUUUCAUUAUAUCAAUGGCAGACAUGCUGUUAUACAAAAAAAAACUUGUUCUAUUAGUUGAGCAAUUUGAAAUAAAAGAAAUAUCACGCACACUGGAUAUAGCAAAUUCUAUUAAAAUUAAAGAAAAAAAUAAUUUAGCCAUUGUUAGUAGUUUAAAAAUAUCAUCUGAUAAUGUUGUUUAUAAAACUGAAAAAAAUAAGUUUGGCAUCCUUCAAAAUCCUCUUGGCAUACAUCAAGGAGUAAGAGUAUGGAGAGGUGGAAUUGUUAAGUAUAAAAUGAAUUCAGAUCAAAUUAUUCAAACAAAAUAUACACAAAAAAAUCAAGUUGAAAUAAAACUCAAUACUGUUACAAAAAAUAUUCAUACAGGAGCAGUACCACCUUGGUUGUGUAAUGAUGAAUGUGAUCAAAACAGUAAAAUGGGUCCUUCAACUAAAGAGUUUGAAGACUAUAUAAUAAAAACAAAAAAAAGGAAGUUAAAUCCAAAUAGAGUUGGAGCAAAAUUUGACCACAAAACUGAUGAAAUUCAAAAGGAUUGGCUUCCAUCAUUUGGUCGUGUUUGGACUAGUGGUCCACGUUGGAAAUCUCGAAAUGAAUUCAAAGAUAUGAAUGAAUGAUAUACAGAAAGCUGUAAAUCAACAUAUUCCAAUUAUUAAUAAAAAGAUGCGUCCAAUAAAAGUUCAAAUAAUACAACCUACCGAAAAAAUGUUAGAAGAUUUAUCUAAUGAUGUAUGUGGUUACUGGAAAAACUUAGGUAGAAAACUCAAUCUUCUUAAAUCUAAAAUUGAGUCAAUACAUAAAGAUCAUUAUAACUAUGACUUCAUCUCUGAAAAAGUUUUUGCUAUGCUAUUAGAAUGGAAAGAGUUGAAUCUUAAUGCCACAACGCAAACUAUGUUUGAUGCUUUAAAAUCAUGUGUCAAAACAGCGUUGAAACAAAAUACUUUAUUUUUCGUAAUAAAUUAUUUUGUUUCACGAAAUAAUGAUCUUUAACGAGUUUAACCUGCUGCUACAAUGCAAAACUUGAUGACAUGUACGCAUGCGUUUGAGAGUGUGCGUAUAUAAUAUAUAAAUACACUCACACAUAAAUAUAUUAUAAGUUAAGAAGAAGAAUAAAAGGUAACAUAGUAUAAAAAAAUUAUUGUAUGGUUUUAACAUGUAAUAUAAAAUUAUUUUGCUCGAA